GGAAGCGGGAUGCGACAUUCUCUGAAGACGAACUCAACGAACUGUUCAACAACAUUGAAGAUAUUUACGCUUUCAAUAAAUCUCUAUGCAGCGAACUCAAUAGCUGUCGUCUAGACGCGACGUGCAUUGCUCGUUGCUUCGUCAAUAAUACAACUGGCUUCUCUGUCUACACCUCGUAUUGCACUGGCUACCCGAGGACGAUGGAGAGAUUGGCCGCUUUGGCUUCUCGGCCUCAGAGUGCCCGGGAGUUCAGAGAGAGGCAGAUCGAGUUGAUGCAUCCUUUGCCAUUGGCGUCCUAUCUUUUGAAGCCAGUGCAGAGGAUUUUGAAAUACCAUCUGUUACUACAGAACGUGGUGAAACAAUGUGCCUCGUGUGAGACGGAGUACGCGCUCCUGAAGAUGACGGGCAUCGCGCACCACAUCGACGACAUGAAGAGACGACACGAACACGCUGUUAGAGUUCAGGAAAUCCAGUCGUUAUUAUACGGAUGGAACGGACCUGAUUUGACAACUUACGGAGAGUUGUGCGCCGAAGGGACCUUUAGAGUGUUCGGCGCAAAGGCAAUGCGUCACGCCUUUCUCUUCGACAAAAUGCUCCUUGUGACCAAGAACAGGGAGGAUGGAAUCCUUGCGUACAAGUCCCAUAUUAUGUGCAACAACAUGAUGCUGGUGGAGUCGAUCGCGGGCGCGCCGCUGUCGUUCCACGUGAUCCCGUGGGACGCGCCGCGCGCACAGCUCACCCUGCAGGCGCGCUCGCCGCGCCACAAGCGGGAGUGGACCUUGUUACUGAAGCGGGUAAUAUUAGAGAAUUACAAUGCUGUCAUUCCAUCUCAUGCGAGGCAAUUAGUUAUGGAGCUGGGACAAAAUAAAACUGAUGAUGAUAUACUGGCGGAGAAGUCACACAACCUCAUAACACAAGCGUCGAUGAGAAAACAACUAUCAGCGCCUGAAUAUCUUGAAAAAAGAAAAUUAGAAAGAGAAAGAAGAAAAUCAUUUGAAAAUGGAACCAGAGGAAGAUUAAAGAAAGCUAAUCGAAAAUAUACCAUCAAAAAUUCCCGAGAUGAAGGUCAAGAUUGUGACUGCGUUCAAUAUUCUGCUGAAAAAGGAAUAGACUACACUUGUGAUAAUUGUUACAUCGAUCUCUGUUCAGAUUGUGAAACAGAGAUCGCUAAAGAUAAAGUUAAAGAUGACAAAUGUUCAUGUAAAAAUGCUCCAAACGAUACAAGGGAAAAGUGCCCGGAAUGUGAUAGGGCGUUACAUUAUAUAGACGCUGGUAGUACUGAACAAAUUGAAAGAAAUAAAUCAUCUUGCAAAUGUUCAGAUUUUAAGUCAUCUCAAGAGAGUUUUACAAAGGAAUUCAGCGGUUCGUUGAAGAAAACUAGGGGUUAUCACUCGUCUGACAAUAUUGUAGGCUACACAGAUAGUAAGAGUAAAGAAGAUUUGACAGAAAUUAAUAGCGCAUCUAAUGUUAAAAAUAUCCAAAAAACCUGCUUAAAAUGUGCGAAGAUUAAAGAAAAUAUUCCAGUAACAGAUUCUAUGACCACUUUACAUUCAAGAAAAUCAAGAUGCAAUGAGACCGAAAAACACAGGACGGAUACGUUACGUUCAAAGUCUAAAGAUGAUCCACAAAGAUCCAAAUUAUCAAAAAUUGGUACGUGGAGAAGAAAGUCGGAACCAGGUUUACAAAACUCGGUUAUAAUUAUGAAAAAAUCACAAGAUAGUGACAGUGAGAGAACGGAUAGCAAAGGAAGUGAAAAAAUAGAAUUCGAAUGUCGAAAUUGUGGAUCUAAUAAAAUAACUAAGAAAACCAAAGGCAAUGAAGGACCGAUCAUUUCUGACCCUGAAAUAGACAGAAAGAGAGGCACUAAUAUUAUAGUAAAACCGAAUAUAGAAAUAAAGAUGUACAAUACUAAAAAUAUACCAAAGAAAAUUUCGAAGAUUAAAAAAAAUAGAGCGAAGGGCUUACGCCUCGGGUCAGACACGACAACACGGUUUUAUACAGAUUUCUCGACCGAUGUAUCUACGGAAAACAUAUUGCACAUAUCUGAAUCAAAUGACAGCCUUAAUGUUGAAAAAUCAAAGAUCCAACCGAUUCUUCAUAUUCCAGAAAAGAUAAGUAAAGACGAAGACAUUGAUGAAGAAACAUAUAAGAAAUUAAUAGAAAAGACUGAUUCGUUCAAGAAGAACGAAUUAGAAAAGGUCAAGUACUUAAAUAAACAAAAAGUUAUUAACGAAGGAACUGAGUCGGAAGAUAAAUCUCACGACAUUUCAGAGCAGCAGGAGGAAGUUCAAGAAAGUUGUGAAGAAAUCGAACAACCUUUAGAACAAAUAAUAUCACAAUUACUAAUGCAAAACCGAGAAUUCCAAAAGUUACUUAAAAAACAGCAACAAAGAAAUACUGCUCAAAGAAGGCAUCAACGACUUUUAAAGUCUCACUCAAACCCCGAUCAAGUCAUAUCAGCCAAAAACGAACUAACAAAGUUGAAGCCAAAGUACACUCGUCAAAUGUCUGAAAAUAUUGAAUUAAAUAUCAAUGAACAUGAAAAUCCAGAACGUAAUGCUCAUAGUGAUAUCGAUGACGUGUCUGAUGAAGAUCAUAUUUACGAAACAUUAAGAAUAGAAAACAGAGCUGAAAAUAAUUUACACGAACUUUGCAAUAAAAGUAAAGUAAUACAACAUAAUAUACAUGUGUCUCGACCUAAAAGAUUACCAUCCCCGCAGAACUCUUCAGAAUUAGUUAAAACGCACGGACCUGAAUCAGAUUAUGUAUACUUAUCGUUCGAUCAAAUCAAACGUCGUGAAAGUUUAGAAGACGGAAUAUAUGACGUGCCAGUGAAGUCUCCAGAAAAAGUAUCUAAAGUCGAUAAAAACGUAAAUGACUAUUACGUUACAAUGGAUAGUCCAGCAAAGGCGAGUAACGAAGAAAAUAUUUAUGACAAUCUUAUAGAAGUUUGUAGACGAAAAAAAGAUGUUCCAAAUACGCUGCCCGGUGACUAUUUACCUAUGAGUCCCGAUCAACAGAGCCCCAAUACGCCCGAAAUAUGGCUGAGCCGCCAAAAAGAACAUUUUAACGUUUCUAGAGAUAGGAAAUCGGGUUCAUUGCCCAGAAGUUUUCAGGUAGUGACGAGUGGCAAAGAAGAUAAUAAUUUGAGUACAUUUAAGUGCAAACCGAACAGUAAUAGCAAAACUUAUCUGAAUAGAGACGGAAAAGUAAUGAGUGCUGAUCGCCCAUUCACAAUCGCUUCAGAUCAAAGUGAAAUUAGCUAUGAAAAUGUAGAAACAUAUAUGAGUGAAGGUGAUAUUUUAAAAUUUAACAAAAACUCAAAAUCGAAAGAAGAUGAAUAUACACAAAAUAUUAGCCAAUCCACCUUAGAAUUAGAAGAAGAAAUUGAUCGAUGUUAUAAGAAUAAUUUUGAAAAAGUUGACUUAGAUACUAAUAAAAAUGAAAAUCCUCUCAAUACAUCUCAACCUAACUUAAAUGUAUCUACCACGUCUUCUUGUGAAGCUUUGACUACUGAGCAAAAUGACGGAAAAGCUAAAAAUGUAGAUGUCAUACACCCUGAGCACAAAAUAUACAAGCCUACAAGUAACGUCUUAUCACUGAAAAAUGUCCUUAGUCGUUUUAAAAGUCGGACUCCACCUAAAAAUAAUGAUGAUGUGGAGAUAAAUGCGAAUGAUCAAACUGUAGAAAAUUCAAAGACUGAUUUAAAGAGUCCGACAAGUGAAAAAAGAUCAGCUCUAAACCCAAGAAGUUACUCGAAAAAUCUAUUGCAAAGAUUCAGAAGUAUAAUCGGCGAUGAACAGCCGGAUGAUAAUCAAAAUAAAUGUGAAAAUAAUAAAACUAAAAAUGAAGACUCUCAAAACAUAUCAAAAAGUGAAAUAAAAGUUAUAAUAACAUCAACUGAUAACAGUCCCACAACAUCGACUAUGGUAUAUUCGAUCAAAACUGAUCCACUUAGUAAGAGUGUCUGUGAUCAUACAACUAUGAGCGAAAGUCAGAAAGAGAAAAAUAAUUUAGAAAUUUUAUCUCAAAGUUGCGAAAAUAUUAACCAAAAAUCUAAUUUACUGCCGAAUUACGAAAAAAGCAUCAGUAUGGUCACGAAUGUAUCGAGUUCACUAGCAAGUACACCGUCGCCCUCAAAGUCUAAUAACAGUUCGUACCAAAGUCUUAAUAAAUUGCCUGUUUACAUGCAAGGCAGCAAACAUUUAGGUGCCAGAAUAGCCCAGUCGGACUAUGUUGAUCCAAUGACUCUAAUGAGUGAAAAGAAUGCUCUUAAAAAUGUUAAUGUACUAAUAAAUAAAAACGCUAUAAGACCAGACAGUCUUUUUUCUAACUCAUCUUUUGUAACAUCGUCAAGUGAAAGUACAUAUCAGGAGAGUCAAAUCAAAACAAAUACUUCCCAGCAAACUUUAACCGAAAAGACGACAGCAUCAAAAGCGAAUUCAGAUGAAAGCUAUUAUGAAAAAUCAUUUGAGAAAAUAGAACAGCUAACAGAUGCUGACAUGUUUAGAGACUCAGCUGUGUAUUCUGAUCAAGAAGAUAUUGAUGACACAUUUUCAGAUACUAAGACUAAAGUUUUCAAUAAAGGUAUGACGCGAGUUGAGAGUAUCAAGCGUGAAUCGUCGUUCAAAACGAAAAAGACUGUCGUGACAACCAAUACUUCUGACAAAAAAUGUACUCAAUCUAACGUAAUUACAAUAACGAACAAAAUUAUUCAUACGGAAAGCAAUCGAAAUACAAGUAAAGUAGAAAAAGUUGAUACAGAUGAAAAAAGUGUCGUCAAACCGAAGGUAGCUCCUCCGGUGGCAAUCAAACCCAAAAUAACAACUGCACCAUCUGUUGCAGCAGUACCUCCUAAAAUAACAAUUACUAAGAACAAUUUAACUAAGAGUCAAGAACAGUCAUCGUCCUCUGAAUCUGUCAACACACGGACUAUUAGGAGAAAUACAAGUUACAAAACAUCUUUUGUCAGAUCAGAUUCUACACCAGUAGCACAAAAAGAAAAAACAGAUUUAGGAAACCAAGUGGCUAAAUCUGAAAGUAAAACGAUAGAAACGAAAGAGAAGAUCGAAGAGGAGUUAAAGCCACAGGGAAACAUACAAAUGAAACGCUUAAGCUUCGAAAGAGCUAGUCUUGACUCAGCGACAAGAAAGACAAAACCUAUCUUAGAAACCAAACGCCAGUCCAUAGAGCAACCAUCAACGUCUAAAUCAGUUUUGGAGAGGCGGUUAGAGAUUGAACAAAUGACAAAAGUUCAUAUAAAUAAAUCGAUACAGAGUAAAAAGCCGAUACAAUUAGCUAAACCUAAAUCGAUUACACCCAAAAUGGCGUCAUUUGAACGAAGCGUCAGCGAAAACAGGACUAAAGAACGUAAUGUCAAUACAAACGUCGGUAGUCUAAGGCCGAAUAUUCCUUUAAAUAAAAAUAGUGUUAAUGAACAAAGCCCCGAUGCAAACGACAAUGAUCCAAAGGAAAGCUGGGUUAAACAAGUUGUCAAUAAAUUUCAAUGAGCUUAUUGAGUGAUACUUUUGCAUUUACAAAAAAAAUCCGUCUGAUUUUUUACUCCACUUUUUGAUAACCACUCUGGUAGUUUUUAAAUAUUGUUAAUUAUUAUAAAAUUGUAAAUA